CUGCAGAAUCAGAGAUCUUUCAUGGGGUCAACACGGGCUGAAUGGGUUCAUACUGACGGCUGCCUCGGACGCGGACGCACGCAGACGCCGAUGAGAGCGCGCACUAAUUAGGAAAACCUGGUCGAGCAAUUAAGCGCAAGGAGAGAAGACGCGCGGGUUGGAGCGCAGAAGAGCUGAUUUAGCUCCGCAGUCUCCUUGGCACAAUGAGUUGGAGCUUCCUAACUCGUCUGCUGGAUGAGAUCUCCAACCACUCUACCUUUGUGGGAAAGAUCUGGCUGACGGUGCUUAUCAUCUUCCGCAUCGUGCUGACAGCCGUCGGAGGUGAAACCAUCUACUACGAUGAGCAGAGUAAAUUUGUCUGCAACACGCAGCAGCCUGGGUGUGAGAACGUGUGCUACGAUGCGUUUGCGCCGCUCUCACACGUCCGAUUCUGGAUCUUUCAGGUUAUCAUGAUCACUACCCCAACUAUUAUGUACCUGGGCUUUGCCAUGCACAAGAUAGCACGCAUGGAGGACAAUGAGUACCGGCUCAACCGGAACCGGAAGAAGAGGAUGCCCAUCGUCAACCGUGGGGCAGUUCGGGACUAUGAGGAGGCAGAGGACAACGGAGAGGAAGACCCGAUGAUCGCUGAAGAGAUUGAACCAGACAAGCCUGACAAAGCAGAAAAAGGCUCAGAAAAAAAGCACGAUGGACGCCGGCGGAUUCUGCGUGACGGUCUGAUGAAAGUCUAUGUGUGCCAGCUGCUGUGGCGUUCUGCCUUCGAGGUCGCCUUCCUUUUCGGGCAGUACGUUCUGUACGGUUUCGAGGUGAUACCCUCAUACAUCUGCACCCGCUCACCAUGCCCGCACACAGUGGACUGCUUUGUGUCCCGCCCCACGGAGAAGACCAUCUUUCUGCUGGUGAUGUACGUGGUGUCUUUCCUCUGCCUGCUCCUCACUGUCCUGGAAAUCCUCCAUUUGGGGAUCGGCGGAAUCCGUGACACCUUCCGCAGGCGAGCUACUCUCAAUUCACGAGCCGCACCGCCUCCCUCCUCACGUGCCAUGCCUACAGCCCCGCCGGGAUACCACGCCACCAUGAAGAAGGAGAAACUAAAAGGAGACCUGAGGGAUUCGCCAGUGGCUGACUCCGGGAGGGAGAGUUUUGGGGACGAGGGGCCCUCGUCCAGGGAGCUGGAGCGGUUGAGGAGGCACCUGAAGCUGGCCCAGCAGCACCUGGACCUGGCCUACCAGGCAGACGAAGGAAGCCCUUCACGAAGCAGCAGCCCGGAGGUCAACACGACCGCACAGACUGCUGCUGAGCAGAACCGCCUAAAUUUUGCCCAAGAAAAGCAAGGAGAGGCAAGCGAGAAAGGAAUACAUGCCUGAGCGUGCUUCCUUCCUCAAACGUCUGUCCUCCAUUCCUACUGGCCUUAAACACAUGAGGGAAGCACAUAUGGGAAUGCAGUCAGACCACUGAGGGAGACCACAGCGUGUGUGUGUGCGUGCGUGCUUGUGUAUGCGUGUGUGUGUGUGUGUGUGUGUGUGUGCGUGUGUGUGUGCAUGCGUGUGCGUGUUAGUGUGCAUGUGUGGAUGAGAGAAAUGAGCCUUUCAGUAUUAGGGGUCAGUCAGAAAGAAAGAAAAAUGCUGACCAAGCUGUGUUGUGACAAAUGGUUCAUCUCCACGACUCUAAACUUGAAAGCCUGCCACAUCUCGAGUUUCUGCUUGCCGACCUAUGUCCAACCCUUGACUGUGCCUUUCGGCUAAAACCUCGUCUACACCCUGUUCUUUCACCCACUCUCUUUUUUUUGGAUGCCAUGCAAUAAUCCGUGUCCGUUUCAGACCUUGUAAGGAUUGUUGUAAGCUUUAAACUCCUCUGGCUGAGUGCAGUGUUUUUUCUCUUCCUUGGAAAAGAGAGGUUCUCUUUUUAUGAAACGUCGCCACAUGUUAAUGUCUCACUUUGUUGAGGCUUGUUGGCCUCAGAGAGAAUCUCAAACAACGCAGCCUUGGGUUAUGUCACUUCUGGACCGUGUGCAGCAGACUUAACCUGUGCUAGAUUAGUCAUGUUUAAUUUAAACAGAUUUGAUGUUAGGGAUUAUUCUUUAUUAGCCAGAUGCCACACCAUUUCAGAAAUGUUUGACAGAUAUUUGAAGCCUGUAUAUUUACUCCAAUCGGCCAAAAUGUUUACCUGGGAAAUGCUUGAAUUCUUUAUCGACAAAUGUUCCGAGGAAUUUCCAAGAAUCAUUUUUUGUACAAUCAAUUCAUUUAAAAUACUCACAUUUUUUUUUUAAAUCCGUACCUUUUUACUAUAACUUGACCAAAGCUCUAGAUUAGUUACCUUUGUCUAGAAGGAAGUGUUGGCAUCAUGAAUGCCACCUGCUUCACGUGACUGCUGAGGAGUAGGCACUUGGAUGUUGGUAAUUCUUUUCUUCCCUAAAUUAUGUACUAUAAAAACGAUUCACAAUGUUCGUCAUUGUAUAAAGUUAAAAAUGGAUUUCACUUUUUUUUUUUUUUUUUUUUGCUAACCAGCUGGAAACAUCUGUCUUCUAGGCUACUGUCAACAAUGAAACUUCAUCCAUGUCUUUUGAAAUUUACAUUCUUCUUUGGUGAGACACAUUUUCCAUCCUUGACAUGCACCACUACUCCUCCUUUGUGCUGAAACACGGAUGCUUUCGUGCAUCCUGGAAAAAAAAAACAGCCCAGCUGAAGAAAGGAUGACUGUUGGCUGCUGAGACACAGCCUGGUGCCAUGUAAACACAUAAUCUUUAAAUCAGUCUUAGACUUUUGAUCAGUGGCUUUCGAUCUUCAUGCACAGUUCAUACUUUUUCUAGCCUGUCAGUUGGUUUUAUGAUCUGUGGCUGGAAAAAUAAAACCAUAGAUUGCCAAAGAAGCUGUUUGAUGCUGUAUUCUUGUAAUCAUCUCACUUCCAGUUUUGCUACUUAUCGCAAGGUACGACAUUCCAUUUUGAAUAUGGUACUUCAACGUUUUAUUCUUGGGUUGUUGUUUUUUUUUUCUAUUGCAAGUUUUGUAGUUUUUGUAACUGUAGAGAUAUUAUUUUGUCUUCAGAGUAAAUAAAUAUAUUUGAACAAGA